AUGCUCGAUGGCUAUAAACUAUCUUAAUGUCCUUCUCCCACAAUAGCGCUCACCCGUGUAAACUAAAUGGAGGUUUCUCGCCAAGAAGCUUUCUCUAAGCUCAAACCACCAUGCGUGGAACUCAGCUCAGUGGGCUUGCGAUUCCGUGGGCAUCAAGCCACCUCAAACGAUGUCUUUCGAGCCCUCAAUCCAAUGUACAAUGUACUGGACGAGCUAGCCCGUAGAGAUGCGCUGGACGAGAAGUUAGCGGAAUAUGCAUUCUUCCCUCUAUGCCAUAUCUUCAAUGAAACCCAACGAACCCCUGUCAACUCUUUGGAACUUUCCGUCAAGUGCUUGCGGAUUCUUGUUGAAAAAGGAUGGCGAAGGCGCUUGUCCCCUCAGAUGGGCAAACAGCUCAUUAUUCUGCUCACCUUGAUCGUGGGCGGGACACCGAAUAAGUCAGGUGGGACGCAAACUAAACAGGUUCGGUCACCCGAGCUCUCUAUCGCGGGAUUCGAAUGUCUUCUAGCCAUAUUCAAUGUCCUGGAUGGCCCCGUGGCCAAACAGACCGUUUAUCAUGAAAUCGGCACCGCGACUGUCGUUGAUCAGAUGGUCUAUCUUAUGCUCGAAGGCGUUGUGGAUGAAGGAUCAGAUGAACUCUGCAUAUCUGCGGCAAAGGCGCUCCAGGCACUCUUUCAGCGCAUUACAGACCGGGUAGUGUUAGCCAGUAUCAUGCCGCGCACAGUGUCGACUUUGACCAGGAUUAUAAAACCGACGACCCAGGUCCGGCGAUCCUUUAAACUUCUGUCGAUCUGUCUACAGAUUUUUAAGUAUCUGAUCAAGACCGUGCUGAACGAUCAGGUGGCUGGGAUCCCUGAGAAGUCAGCUUCAUCCCAGAAGGAAGAUGAUCAACUCAUCCUCGACGGGUCUUGGCUGAAAGCUACAGCCACACAAAUAAAACUUGCACUUGCGAACGCUAUCCAGAUAAGGCGACAUGACCGACCCGAGGUCCAGGCAGCGCUCCUGGAACUUUGUUUAAUGGUGGUAGAAGAUUGCCAGAACACACUACAAGAGGCACUGCCCAUCAUCAUCGAGACCGUCGUUGUGUUGUCGGAUGUGGAUGAAAAUCAAGUACCCAAUGAGGCAUUCCUUGCGCUUAAGCACCAUGCAACUACCUAUCCAGUCGUCGUUGACACUUUGAAGAACUCUCUCCACACAUGGGCUACUGCCUUCCCAAGGACUAUGCAAAGCAACGACGAAACAGCAAAACAGUGGGCGGUCAAAAAGAUAUCAACUGCGUUCCAGGUGUUGUCACAGGUACAAUCCGAAUCCGAUAUCCUGGCAAGUAGCUUGGCAUCAGGAAUAUGCGACAGUGUUGCUGCCUCUGUGAACAAUACGACGAAUGCUCUCCAGCCUCUGGGUUCUGAUGUUGCAAACAGCCAAAGCCUGCAAGUAUUACAUCAAGGAGUUAAAUCAGUCUCAUUCCCUCCCGUCAUUCUGGAGCACAGGAGCCAGCAACAAACACUAAAUGACUUGCAUUCCAUGAUCGUUAAGCUUAAUACGUCUGAAUCGGGCCAUGGAAUUACACGUCUGAUCAUCAACCGAGUUCACCAGGAACACGGAAAUGCUCUCAUUGCACCUCUCUGGUUGGGAUUGACAUUCCUUAAGAGCAACACGCAACUUACGUCAGUAUUCGAUGAUUUUAUAUCGGCGGAUGAGCUGGAACCUUCAAGUCAACACAUAUCAAGGUCUGGCAUGAUUGAGGAAUUGUACUACGUUUCAUUGCCUAUACUAAACGACCCUUUGGCCUACGAGUCUAGGGACUGGCGAGUUCAGGCCCUUGCUCUGGAGGUUGUCGCCCUCCAGGCACAACAGCUCGGAGAGGCCUUCCGCCCAGAGCUGAUGGACGCACUAUACCCUGUUCUUCAAUUACUAGCAUCCAACAAUUCGAGUCUUCAGAAGCAUGCCAUGACAUGCCUUAAUAUUCUCACCGCAGCUUGCAAUUACGGAGACGCCAGCACAAUGAUCAUUGAAAAUGUCGACUAUCUCGUGAAUUCAGUGGCAUUGAAGCUCAAUACCUUUGAUGUGUCACCAUAUCCACCGCAGGUUCUAUUGAUGAUGGUAAAGAUGUCUGGGAUGCGGCUUAUUCCUUACUUAGAUGACCUGGUGGACUCAAUAUUUGGUAUAUUAGAUAUGUACCAUGGUUAUCCGAAGCUUGUUGAGAUGAUGUUCCGAACGCUGGCUGCUAUUGUCGAAGAAGGCACGAAAAGUCCAUCCUUCCUAGCGAUCGGUGAUGGAAAGCAGAACGGACAUAUUAACCACCGCAAGAAGCAGUACGAAAGGCUACAGAUCUCAGCUUUGGUAGAGGAGCUUGCGCAUCGCAAGGCAAAACGUGCAAAACUAAUCGAAGACCUUGGGGAUGCGGAUGAGAUGAUCCCACACCCGAAAAAGCCUUGGAAAAAAGAGCCCGAAAAGGUCGAACAGCAAGACACCGAUAUCAACUCCUUUGCCGAUAUACUUAAGGAAGAAGAAUCGGACGAACCGCUUCCUCCACCCCGCGAACCCGAAGACAGCGAUAAGCCCUUGAGUAAAUCGCACAAUCUUCUACUCCACAUCAUCAAAUCCGUCCCAUCCCAUCUAUCCUCUCCCUCGCCAUAUCUCCGCCGAUCUCUACUCUCUAUCCUUAUCGACGUCUUUCCAACCCUUGCCGCCCACGAGAACAGCUUCCUACCGCUCAUCAACGAUCUAUGGCCCCCAGUAGCCGCAAGAAUCAGCUUCCCAGCCUCAUUCAGCGAACCCUCCUCAUCAACAUCUCUCAUGACAAACCGCACCUCCGCAAUUGCAGACACCCGCCUCAAACAAGGCCCCGACGAAUUCGAUUUCCAAGAAGAGACCUUCGUCACCACAACAGCCUGCAAAGCCAUCGAAACCAUAUGCAAGACAGCCGGCGAUUUCAUGGCCUCACGGGUAGAAACUGAAUUCCCCCGCUGGGAGCGCCUCUAUACUCGCGCAUGGGACAAAGUCCGACAAGACGCAGAAAAAGCCCUCGAACGUCGAGCCCAGCAACAAGCCACCAGAUCCCCCGAAGAUAACGCAGAUACAUCACUCUCCAUCGCCUUCUCCCAAUCACUAUCCCUCACCACGACCGGAUCCCACGGCACCCGCGCCUUCACACCACACCACAUCCUUUGGCGCGCAAUGGUCCCCUUAUUCAUUACCCUCCUCACGCACGUCCGACUCCCCUUAUCCGUCGGUGACAGGAUCUGCGGGUUUCUCGCAGCCUGGAUAGCCCGAUACGCAGGACCGGAGUAUUAUUUCUCUCGACUGCAGAUGCAGACGGAGUCUAGCCAAGCAGCACUUCAAACUGGAGGAGCCUCUUCCCUAAACGUGGAGAUCGAAUCCGUCGAAAGUGUGAUUCAAGCUAUGGAGACGUGGAAUGCGGACUUGACGUGGUUUAUUUUCCGGGAGCAGAAAGAACAACUACUCAAGAUGUUGGUGAAAACCAGGAGAACGACGACUGCCGCUCCGAAGAUAUGUGAGGUGGACGAGGAUCCAUUGAGAUCGUGGUCGGUACCGGGAAGUUCAUUGAGGUUUGCGGCAUUGGCAUUUUGAACAUAGAUACUUCUUGGAGUGGGUGGCACAAACAUUCUGAUUACAUGUCAUCUUUGAGUUUCAAUAUAUCAGCUCGAUCUGCUGUUGGCUUCUAUACUUCACACAUUGCAGAGCACCGACAUAGAUUCACCGUCUGAAAGGCAAUAACCAGAUUAUGAUCGUAGUCUACACUUAAU